GUAAAACGAAAACUGGUCAAUAAAGUGGAAUGCCAAAAAUUUCUACACAUUUUACUAUUUUCCUUCUAAGUAGGACCACUGAUCUACAAAUUUAAGCUUCCUAGUUGCAGACGUAACUACAGAGAAUAUAACUGAUGUGCUGAGAGGACCUCAAAACUAGACCUUCUCCUGUUUGAGCAAUCACAAUGGCGGGAAAAGUGAAGGGAUUAGAAACAUGGUGCCGCAAGCAGACGACAGGGUACAAAGAUGUCCACAUCACCAAUAUGACAUCCUCGUGGAGGGAUGGACUUGCGUUCUGUGCCCUUAUACAUAAAUAUAGACCUGAUCUCAUAGACUUUGACAGCCUUUCUAAAGGGAAUGUAUUGGAAAAUAAUCAGCUGGCAUUCAAGGUAGCCAAUGAGCAGUUGAACAUCCCUGCUUUAUUAGAUGCUGAAGACAUGGUUCGCCUGAAGACCCCUGACAGACUUAGUAUUGUGACUUAUGUCUCACAAUAUUACAACUGCUUUAAAGACAAGAAGCCAGAAGGGGGACCUCUGAUAAAGAAGAAGUUUGGAAAUGAGUCAGCUGUAAAGAAACAGGUGUCGGCAGCCCCUGCCCCUGGUAGCAAACGACCCCCGGGGCCAGCGGGACAGGCAAGACCAGCAGCCAAGCGGAGCACUCUUGGAGACACUUGCGCCAUCUGUAAAACCAAGGUGUAUCUCAUUGAACGCCACAUAUUGGCCAAUACGCUAUACCAUCGUAGCUGCUUCAGAGACUUCCAAUCAGGAAAACCUCCACAGGCUCCUAAAGCACAACCCCUAAGAGAGCCCCAGAAACCCAAGGAGUCCCCAAAAGAGCCCCUGAAACCUGUAGCAAGGAACCUUGCCAACUCAAAUGACAGUUUAAACUCUGAUACACGUGCUAAAGCCAAAUCUAAAUUUUACACAUCAGAGGAUAGUUCUACAGAGAGUCUAACAAAGAUUGAUAAAUCAUUGAAAUCCAGGUCUAAGUUUUAUUCUGAAGAUGUUUCAAAAUCAACUGAAAAUGUGACUCAAUCUCAUAGCUCUACCCCAGCUAAAAGAGAUAAUAAUCUGAAAGCAAAAUUCUUCGCCAGUGCAGAAACUCUUUCAUCCAAUGCAACAUUAAACGAGAAAAAAUCUCAAGAGAGUUUACACAAAUUGGACACAGUAAAAACAAAACCUCAUGAACAUGAAGUAAAAUUAGCUGUUAAAGAAACAGCACGUAAAGAUAGUAAGAAAGUUGAUAAGCCUAUUCCCUCCCCAAGAACCAAAUCUCCAGUACAAGUUGAAACAAAUAAAUCCAGCGAUGAUAUCUGGCAAGUCAUGCCUAAUGAUAAGAAAGACCCUGUUAAGGAUGUUAAUGACAAGGUAGACAUCCCCCAAAAAGCACCAAGACCCGAAACUCGUCCUAAAAGCGUGGUCACAUUGAGGCCUAAGUUACCUGAUUUUAAUGACAAGAAAGAGCAUGAUGUAAUUCCUCAUGACAAAACAGAUCCCUCUCAAAAAGCUCAAAAACCAGAAACACGACCAAAGAGUGUAACAUCAAGGCCUAAAUUACCAGACAUUGUACAAAAACCAGACAAAGUAACUAGAGCUACAUCGGAAAUCAUUUCAACAGAAAGUAAAAAGGUUCAAGAAAUAAAUGUCAAAGAAAAUACUAAAAUAGAAGAAACCAAAGAUAAUCUGAAAAAUGAACCAGAAAGUAAGAAGACAACAGAUCUAAUAAAAGAGAAACCCAAAGAAGCAAUUCCAGAAGAAAAGGCAUCAUAUGAUGAUGACCUUAACCCAUUUGGAUCAGAUUCAGAUGAUGAUCUAACUGAAGCGAUUAAUAGUAACACUCCCUAUGUUAAGUUAGAAGUUAAAGAAAAUGAUUUGGAGCUGUCAAAGUUUAAUGAGAACAUUAAAGAUACUGAGGAGAAAGUGCCUGAGAGUAUUAAAGAAGUUGUCGAUAUUGCUGAGAAAACUGCAGUAGAAGUCACUCCUAAAGAUAGCAUUAUAAAAGACAAUGACACUGAAAACAUUCCAAAAGAAAUUAAAACAAAACCAGCAGAAAAUGAACACAAUAUUCCAACAGUUGAAACUGAAGCUAAAGUAGAUACUAGUGAAGACAUAUCUUCAACAAAUGUGGUGCAGCCAAGUGCUGCAGAGCCAGAAACAACUGUGGUGCCAAAAACAGUGGUGCCACCAAAAACUGUGAUGCUGUCGACAUCUCAGUCUGACAUUGAAGAGGAUACAGAAUCUGAAUUCCCAUCUGACACCAAGUCAGAAUUGGAAAAACUAAAUGAAAUGAGAAAAGCUUCAAAGCUUGCUGAAAGUCCUAGGAUUGAAUCUGAUGAAGAACAAGACAAUACUGAUCCUCCUAAAGCUGAAGAAAAAAGCAAAUCCCCUCCUGUGGCUACCGUAGCCCCUAUGACCAAACCUGGUUCCCCUAAGCCCAAACCACGUCAAAAGAAAGUCCAAAAGGGUGAUCUCUCACCCCCUCCACAAAGUGGUGGUAAUUUUAUUGAUGUUGAUCAAUUGAAGCAAAGCAUUGAUCCAUUUGCCAGUGAUGAUGAAAUGGAUGUCCAUCAACAGCAAACCAAACACUAUGACACUUCAUUGAACCCAUUUGACUGUAGUGAGGAUGACCUGCAUAUAGAAAUAACACCUGAAAUGGAACAAGAGGCCAAAGAUCACAUUGAAAACAAUGUUAUCCCUGAGGGGAAUGGUGAUAGUUAUGAUGACUCGCUUAACCCAUUUGGAGAUGAUGACGAUGAAGACUAUGAUAAUUCUAUGAAUCCAUUUGCUGGUGAACCUGAUGAUAAUUCGCUUAAAAAGAAGAAAAAGAGAGCGCCUUUACCCCCUACUUCUAGUACACCAAUGAAAUCAAAGCGUUCUGCACCCACACCCCCUAGGCCAGUAGAUGGCCCUAAGAAGUCACCCCCUAUAAGACCAUCCAGGCCCCCCAGUCUGACUCCCAAGAAGGAAGGUGAAGUUAAUAGGAGAAAGAAGAGUCCUGCCCCUCCCAGGCCACCUCCACCUAAGAGAGAGGUUGCAGCUGAAGAAAAGGUUUCCAUAGAGGAAAUUGAGAAGGAACUACAUGAGCUCGAUGAAAGACAGACACAUCUUGAAAAUAAAGGUCGUGAACUGGAGGAUAAGUUAAGACAAGCCAAUCAGGAGCAAGAAGAGGAGUUGAUGAUCGAGUGGUUUGUUCUGGUGAAUGAAAAGAACGACUGCAUACGGGCUGAAUCUGAACUCAUGUAUCAGCAGAAACAGCAAGACCUGGAGACAAAGCAUGAAGAUAUUGAGUUUGAACUGAGAACUAUUAUGAUGAAGCCAGAUCACACAAGAACUGAUAAAGAUCGUGCUAGGGAGGCUGAGUUAAUGGAGAAACUGGUAGAGAUUGUUGAGAAACGUAAUAGCAUUGUGGAGAGCAUGGAUGAGGACAGAAUCAGAUUCCAAGAGGCAGAUGAAGCUAUUCACAAAAUGAUGUCCACCAAAGGUGCCACUGAGAGUUCUGAGCUGGGCAUCGUCGUCGUGAACCCUGAGAAAAUUCCCAAGAAAGAGAAGAAGGAAAAGAAAAAUCCGUUCUCUUGUAUACCAUUGUGUGGAUCUACAAAAGAGGAGUAG